AAAUAAGAUAAUUUUUUUACAAGUCUGUGAAAUAACAUAGAAAAUUUAUUGUAAAAUAAAACAAAACAUUACUUCUUAUAGGUAAAAUGAGCGCUUUUACAACGAUAAAUUGUUUACCCAUUGAGAUAUUUAUAGAAAUUUUUAUCAAAAUAGAUGGCUACAGUUUAUUGAAGUGUAGAGAAGUGUGUAAAAAGUGGAAAGAGGCCAUCGAUAAUACCGACAUUCUCUGGCAAGAAGUUUGCCGAAAGGAAUUUAAGAAAUCGUCCAGAAUAGCAAAGAAAAAAAGUGGGGAUAUACUAAGUUGGUAUCAUGUUUACAGAAAUCUAAAACUCUGGUCAAACGUUUCUUCUUACGAAAAAACUGUAAGAGAAUUUUAUAAAUUUAAUUUGCAUGAUCCUUCACAUGUAUUAGGAAUAAAUUAUGGUGUUUUACCACUGAAAGAUGCAAAAGGAACAGUCUUUUACGACAUGACUGAUUUAAAAUACAUUCCUGUUGCAUUACCUGAGAAAAACUACUUAAAAAUAAGUAAUAAUGACCAUGCCACUGUAAUCCAAGUUAAAUUUGGGAUUUAUGUUCAAAGAACUUUAAAAGACCCCAAUUAUAUUACUGAAUAUUACUUUAAAGCUGAUAAAUAUGUCUUAAAUGGGGAUUUAUUAUUAUUUUACAAUAAUAAAGAUGUCUAUAAAUGUAACUUAUUGCAAAAAGAAUUAACACCACAUUUAAUACUGCACUGCAACUAUGAUAUUAAAGAAAUUCAAUAUUAUGAUGCACACAUCUAUCUAUUCACUGAUUGUGGUAGGAUUCUAAAUCUUGAAUCUAAUAAUUCUGUGACAGAAAAAACAAUUAAAUGCCCAGCAGAAUGGAUAGUACACAUUAAGAAUAUAAAUGCAUUUGAUGAUAAAAAUUUUAUUUGCUAUUCUAGAACCUUAUUUAAAAUUGAAACUGAUGACUACCAACAUUUAUACCUUGAUUUCCCCCCAAUAACUGCCUUGUUUUUUUAUAUUGAUAUUGUAUUAAUUGGUCUAAGGAACGGAAGUGUUCUUGUGUAUAGAUUAACCAGUCAAAAAAAAGCUAUGAAGCCUGUGUUUGAAACAUUAGCUGAGUUACCAGAUGGAAAAUUUCCUGUACAGCUAGAUGUCUGUGAAAGAAGGACAGGACCUAUGAUUGUUGCAGCAACAUUUUUUGAAUUGUAUAUGAUUGAUGUUAAGUUUUUCCCUUGUGAGACAACAGUAAAGAAUUCUUUUACAAACAAUAAACUAAACAUGUACCAAAGGUUAAGACGUCUUAAAGAAAGGUUGCAAUAGACAGCAACAAAUAUAAUAUUAAAUUACUAUAAUACUUUUGUUACAUUAAUUACAUGCAAACAAAUGUAGCAAAUUAUGUAAAUUAAUUUUCUUUAUAUGUUUUAAAUGUUGUAGUAUUGUUUGAUGAUUUGCUUUUUUUAAGAGUAAAAAAAAGAGUACCUACCGAGAGUUUACGCCGGCUUUUUCUCUCGGCCUACACCCGCUGUCUUCUUUGUCGAUGAGUAGGGAUGCCUACAGGUUCAAAUUGUAUGAUGUGGAAUAAGUGAUACCUUGAUGAUCUUAUGUUCCAAAAUAAAUCUAUUUUAUUAUUUAUUAAGAAUUGAGAUAUUUAGGAUUAUCCACAUUUCAAUUAUUGCAAUGCAUAUUUAAGUGUUUUUAUUCGUAUUUAGAUAGAAUAUAGGCUCUAUUUAAUGAUUAAUAAUAAUGUAAUAUAUUAUGUUCAAUUAUUUAUUUCUUUCUAAUUCUACCCAAUUUUCUAAGAUAUAUAUUAGCAAACGUUUUAUAACAAUAAAAACUAUAUAUUUCAUGUCUUGCCUAGGCUUGACCUGUGAGAUAACAACCUUUUAUUUACCCUUAGAUACUUCGUGUCUUAGUACCUACUCUGUGUCAUCCUACCGCGCCUCUUAUGCCUAGCUCGCUUCGGGUGCGCGCGGGAUUAUGUGGUCGUCAACUUAUUAUUAUUUUAUUAUGUGGUGGUUACCUGGUGAAGCCUAGGCCAAACGUGAAAUGUAUCGUUUUCGUGCCAGACUUCGGAUUUCAAUAAAAGCUGUAAUUUUUUCUAUGUGUAUCCCUAGUACAGGUAAGAAUGAUCCCCACCCAUGUAGCUGAGGCAGCGGUGGCUUUGGCAGAUAACAAAGGUGUACAAAAUUCCAUCUCAAAUUUAUCAUAAAAUAAAAAUGUUUUUUUAAAUAUUUUAUUCAUAAUAAUAUCAAAACUCGCGUUGCUCAUUGCCAAACCGUUGGUUGCAACCCUCUGCUGGACAUCCUUAAACUAUUAUAAUUUAUAAUUAUACUUACGUUACAUUAUAAAACCUAAAUUUUAUAUAUAAUUUUUUGGGGGCCUAUUAAUCUAUGUUUACAUAAUAGCCGGACAGAUUCGACGGUUCUAACAUCUUGUCAGACGCAUUUAAAGUGAGCAGUAGUUCGGGGAGCAAGGAGCGUAUACAGUAAGGUGAAGAAAAAUUUAUUAAAAUCCGAAGGUCUGGCUCUUGCUCUAUUACCAAUGUCUGAUUCGUUUUACUUUGCAAAUUUUCGAAUUCUGGCACAAAUUUGACGUAAAAAAAUUAAUAUAACAACACAAUUUUUACUAAAAUUAUUAGGUACAUACUUUUUAAUUUUUUAACUUUAAAUUCGACAUAGAUCUCUUUGUACAAAUGUUAUGUAAACGAAGACUUGUCUGGUUUGUUAAUUCCUCCACACGAAACCCUCUUAAUGUGGUCGAUACGGGUUUUGACGUCCUUGUUUUGAUUUUUGUUACACUUCAGGGAUUUCUUAAACAAAAAAUAUUUUUACUAUAAUAUUGUUAUACUUAACAAACGAAUUUUCAUAUUUUCUUAGUUUCUUCUACAAAAAUCAGGAAGUGAGCACGACGUAACGGCUCAUAGAAGAAAUAUAAUCAUCAUUUGUCUCAAGUUUCUUACAAUAGUUGAACUACGUGAAAUGAACAAAAGAUAUUGAAAACAAUUAUUGAGAAAAAAUGCCAUUGAUAAAUUACAAUAGGUACCAAUUUUAGAAGGAUGGACUGUUAUUUUUAAUUUUUGUGCAGUAAAUAAGUCUAUUAUAUAGCGUUAAAGUAAAUUCUACCGCUUCAGCUAUUAGUCCCUAGGUACUAAUCCAAAAGGAAUUUUUAUAGGUUUUGUUCAGUAAAGUAGGUGAAAUAUAAUAUACCUAUAUUAAUUUGUUAAUCCAAGAAAUACAUCAAAUAAAUUAAGGGCCGCAGUAAUUGUGGCUUAUUUGCUUUACUAAAUUUAUUGAUAGUACUGGGUGUGGUAGGCUUCGAUUGGUUUGCUAUUGCUUGUAUAGACAGUAAUAUCUUAUAA